AUGGCGCAUGACCAAGAAGAGCAUUCGGUCGCCGACACUCAUCACCGUCACCAUAACCACAACCACGAACAUGAACAUGAACAUGAACAUGAACAUAACCGUGGCUCCCCACGGUCCUCCCCAGACCGCCCACCCCCAGAACGCCGCAGCUCAACAAUAAUAAGCUACAUCACCUCCUUCCUCGGCACAAAGAAUCCACUCAGCCGACCAGCAGACCCACACAAGAACACAGUGUGGCUACUAGACAACACAGCCUACCAACGCACCACAUACAACAAACACAACGAAAUCGUAUCCAAAACCUGGCACGCAGAGGUUGUAGCCUGCAUCUUCGAAAAAGGCGGCCGAAAAGACGUCGGCAAAGUCGUCGCCGCAAUAGCAGACUACAUCGGCCUAGAUGGCGAACUAGGCAGCACACACGAGCACGAAAUACGCCGACGAAUCGAACACCGCGUGCAGCCAUUCUUGGAUCAGGUUUCGCCGUCGCGGACUAUCACGCUGCAUGUGCCUAUCAGCCGACGCGGGCAAUGGCAUGAACUGGGCCCGUCGGAUCGGAAUGGGAUUGUUAGUCAGAGUGUUCAGCUUGGGGAUGGGGACGUGGGUCAUAUUCAUGAUGGGACGGUUGUCAGGCCGCGGUUGUAUGAUUUCGGGGGCAGGAGUGUGUCGAUGAAUACCACGUUUGCGAGGCCGCAUGGGUGGUUGGUUAUCUCUGAUAUUGACGAUACGAUUAAGCGGACGAUGACGCUUGAGCCGACGGGGAUUAUUCGGUCGACGUUUGUUGAGGAGCCGGAGGUUAUUAGUGGCAUGCCUGAGUUUUAUCGGUGGGUUGAUGGGGAGUUAGGGGCACCGGCUUGGUUUUAUUUGUCUGCGUCGCCUUAUAAUCUUUAUCCCUUUUUGCAUAAGUUCUUGCGUGAGCACUAUUGUGCUGGGACGCUGGUGUUGAGGGAUUAUUCUUGGAUGGAUAUUACUGGGUUGAUUCGGUCUUUUACCGAGAAGACGCAGGAAUAUAAGGUUGAUCGGAUGGAGAAGAUUCAGGGCUGGUUCCCGCGGAGGAGAGUGCUUUGUAUUGGGGAUUCGACGCAGAAGGAUCCUGAGGCUUAUGCUGAGAUGUAUGAGCGGUACCCUGGGUGGGUUCAGGCUAUUGCUAUUCGUAAGGUUACUGAUGUGGCCCAUAUGGAGGAGAAGAAUGAGCCGGAGAGGUUUGAGAAGGCUUUUGAGAAUGUGCCGGAUCAUGUCUGGACGGUCUUUGAGGAUCCUGAGGAGUUGUAUGAGUUUGUUGAUGGGCUUGGUCUGGAGGAUUAG